UUGCUGACGUGGAAUGUCCCACCUUGUCAUCUUAAACUUAAACUCCUCCUUCUCCAAUUUCAUACUUUAACCAUUUUUCUCUUUCUCUCUGCUCUGCAAAACCCAGGAAAAGACUCUUGGAUUCAACGUUAAAAAAGCAGAGGAAAACAGAGAUUUGAAUUCAAGGAUAGAUUCUCGGGUUUCUUUUUUUAAAUCCGAGAAUGAAAAUGGCUGAAGUUGAAAUUAGAGAUCCAAUCCUAAAGUUGUUUGGGAAGACCAUUGCUUUGCCACUAAACCAUUUGGAUUUGGCUUCUGAUUCGAAAUUUCUUUCUUCAGAAACUACUGUGCCUAAAGCUGGCGAAAAGGAAACUUCAUGUGAAGAAUUAGCAUCAGAAAAACAGGGGAAUAGCAGUGGAAACCAAAUCACGGAUCAAACAACAUCAGGAGUGAGUGAGAACCCAUCAGAAGAAAGAGAAAUUUCAUCUCCAAAAGCUUCCAAAAAUGAAGAACAAAGUGAAACAAGUAUCUCCCCUGAUAACAAAACCUCCAAAAAACCAGACAAAAUUCUUCCUUGCCCUCGAUGUAACAGCAUGGACACCAAAUUCUGUUACUUCAACAACUACAAUGUCAAUCAACCUCGUCAUUUUUGCAAGAAUUGCCAAAGAUAUUGGACUGCCGGUGGAACCAUGAGGAACGUUCCAGUCGGUGCCGGCCGUCGAAAGAACAAAAGCUCCUCAUCGUCACAUUUCCGUCAGUUAAUAAUUCCCGACGGUGGAAUUCACCGCCAUCAAUUUCUAGGGAACAAUGGAACCUUUCUCACUUUCGCCUCAGAUUCUUCAAUUUCCGAUUCACAGAACUGUAACCCAAGUGGGUUUCUCAUUAGUACAGAAAACGGAGAUGAUCAUUCGAGUAAAUCUUCAAUUACAGCUUCAAAUUCCUCGGAGAAAGGAGCUAAAAUAACCUCACAACAAUCAGCAGUGAAAAACGUUUUUCCUUUUCCACCUCAAUUACAAUCAUUUACAGGGCUUUCAUGGCCUUGUUCUUCAAUGGCACCACCGCCGUUCUGCCCGCCGGCGUUUCCGGUGUCGUAUUACCCUGCACUCCCGUACUGGGGCUGCACAGCGCCGCCGUCUUGGACAGUAAUUAUUCCCAACGGUCAAAAUUCGUUUACUAAUUCCUCUGUUUUGGGGAAACAUUUAAGAGAUGGGAAUAUGGUUAAAAGCCCAUCAAAUUCAGAGUCUGAAGAAACUGUUAAACAGAAAAAUUAUGAAGAAACCUGUUUCUGGAUUCCCAAGACAAUGAAAUUGGAUGAUCCAAAUGAAGCUGCAAAGAGUACCAUCAGGUCAACACUUGGGAUUAAGAAUAAUGAAAAAGCUGGUGCAAGUACUACAAUCAAUGGCGGUAGCCUUUUUGUCUCUUUACAACAAUCUGCAAAAGGAAAAGAUCAAGAAAACCACAAUGAAAGCUGCUCGCUUUUACAGGCAAAUCCAGCAGCUUUUUCUCGGGCUUUGAAAUUCCGUGAGAUUGCUUAGUUUUAGAGUGAAAACGAUGGCACUGUUGUGUUGUUCGUUAAAUUAAAUUAACCUCUGAGUUUGAGAUCCCACAGCCAAAACAAAAAUUAGAAGUGGAAAUUAUUGUUAUUUUUCGAGUAGAAGCAGUUAGUUUAAUGAAGACAAAACUGGACCAGACAUCCAACACAAGGACUCCACUUUUGUGGAAACCCCAUGUUUGCAGGCUGGGGCAUUUGUUUUUGUCGAGCUUUCUUGUACAUUAUUAUUACAAGUGAGAUAUAUACUUCAUCUGCCCUGA